UCCCGUGGCCAUAUUGGUGCACUAUUUGCGGAAUUGUUUUGACAUUUCCUCAAAAAGUACCCUCAUUAACGGCCAAAUAGUACCCUUGUUUCGUUAAAUGUAAAGUGCAAAACAGUUCUGAUAAGAUACAAUCAUGGCUCGAUACGGGCAAAGACCUGAGAACGCAUUAAAACGUGCCAACGAAUUUAUCGAGGUCGGAAAGCCGGCCAGAGCUUUAGACACCCUUCAGGAAGUAUUCCGCAACAAAAAAUGGGCAUACAACUGGUCGGAAUCGGUUUUGGAACCGAUCAUGUUCCGCUAUCUGGAUCUGUGCGUGGAACUGAAGAAAUCGCACAUCGCCAAGGAGGGUCUGUUCCAAUACAGGAACAUGUUCCAAUCGGUGAAUGUUGGCUCGUUAGAAAAUGUCAUAAGAGGGUAUUUGAGGAUGGCAGAAGAGAAGACGGAGAAUGCCAGGGAACAGUCUGCUCAGGCUGUUGUGGAUAUUGAUGAUCUUGAUAAUUUAGCUACUCCAGAGAGUAUAUUAUUAAGUGCCGUAUCCGGAGAAGACGCCCAGGAUCGUUCUGACCGCACCAUCCUGACGCCAUGGGUGAAGUUCCUGUGGGAAUCAUACUGCCAAUGUCUCGAACUGUUGCGUACGAACGCCCACGUCGAGAACUUGUACCACGACAUCGCCCGCAUGGCCUUCCAGUUCUGUCUCAAGUACAACCGCAAAACAGAAUUCCGCAAGUUAUGCGACAAGCUGCGCAAACACUUGGACGACAUCUGCAAGUUGCCAACGCAAGUCGCCAACGUGUCGAUGGCCAAGCUGGAGACGCAACAACUAAAUCUCGAAACGAGACUGCACCAGCUCGACUUCGCGAUACAAAUGGAACUAUGGCAGGAGGCGUACAAGGCGAUCGAGGACAUCCACAAUUUGAUGAACCUGUCGAAGAGGCCGCCAGUACCCAAGACCAUGGCUAAUUACUAUCAGAAACUGGCUAUGGUCUUUUGGAAGGCCGGCAAUUACUUGUUCCAUGCCGCCGCCCUUUUCAAACUGUUGCAGCUCUCCAAGGAGAUGAAGAAGAACAUCACACAAGAGGAACUGCAGCGUAUGGCGUGUAGAGUGUUGAUCGCCACUCUGGCCAUACCUCUACCCUCAGCCCAUCCUGAAUUCGAUCGUUUCAUCGAAACCGACAAAUCCCCGUUGGAAAAGGCACAACGUUUGGCCGUCCUGCUCGGUCUCUACCAACCCCCAACCAGACAAAGCUUGCUUAAGGACUUGGUUCGCGUGAACGUCAUCAAUUUAGCCACGCCCCAGCUCCAGGACCUCUACAAUCGUCUCGAGGUUGAAUUCAAUCCUCUCGAUUUAUGUAAUCGUGUCCACGACGUCAUUCAGAACCUAGAAUCUGAAGACAUCUCCCUCCAACAAUACAUCCCAGCCCUCCAAGACGUCACUCUCGUCAGAUUGGUCAGGCAAAUCGCUCAGGUUUACCAAACCAUCGAGUUCGCCCGGCUCCUACAGCUGGCCAAGUUCACGACCCCGUUCCAUUUGGAACGUUUGCUGGUCGACUGCGUUCGUCACAACGACAUGCAGAUUCGCAUCGACCACGGCAAACGCUGCAUCCAUUUCGGCAUGGAUCUGAGCGAGAGCCAACGCGAGGACAAGCCGGAAGGUCCCACCCUACAGGUCAUGCCCAGCGAACAAAUUCGCAACCAAUUGGUCAAUAUGUCCACCGUGCUGAACCAGGCGAUAGCCGUCAUCAAUCCCAGCAAGAAGAAGCAGGAAAGAGAAAAGUUGCGCAGCGCCAUGGUGCAGAAUUACCACGAAAACAAGGUUAAGGAGCACCAAAAGAUUUUGCAACGUCACAAGAUCAUCGAGGAUCGCAAGGAGUACAUCGAGAGGUUGAACACCGUACGCGAAGAGGAGGAACAGAGGAAACUCGAGGAGAUGCACAGGCAACAUUUGUUGGCCGAGCAAAAACGUCUGGAACAAGAACGCGAAGAGCGGGAGAAGAAACGUGCCGCCAUAGAAAUCAAGCAGAUCAAGGAUCGCCACUUGAAGGAGAAACUGCAGCAGAUCUCCCAGACCGGCCACGGUCAGAAGAUGUUGAACAAGCUCAACGAGGAGGAGAUCAAAAAGAUGGACGCCGAUCAGAUCGCCGCCAAGGAGGCGGAGGAAUUGCAGAAGGAGCGUAGGGAAUUGCAGGCCAAACUCAAGUCCCAAGAGAAGAAGGUCGACUACUUCGAACGUGCCAAACGUUUGGAGGAAAUACCGCUCGUGCAGGCGCACAUGAAGGAACGUCAGCUGCAGGAUCAGGCGUUCUGGGAGCAACAAGAGAACGAGCGCAUACAAGCCGCAGUGGAGGAACGUAAGCUGGCGGUGGCUACACGCAACAGAUUGGCGAGGAUGAAGCCCGACAAGGACGAGUUCCUAGCCAAGCUGAAGAAGGAACGCAACAUCGUGUACGAGGACAUGCUUAGGGAUUACGAGAAGCUCUUGUCUGAGGAAAGGGCGAAGCGUUUGUUGGAGAGGAAGAUCAAGCGCAAGGAAGAACGUCGCAUCCGCUACUACAAGGAAAAGGAGGAAGAGGAGGAAAGGAAACGUGUGGAACAACAGCGCAGAGAAGAGGAGGAGCGUCGCAAGCAAGAAGAAGAAGCGCGUCGCAUCCGCGAGGAGAAGGAACGUGCCGAGAGAGAGGAGCACGAGCGUAACGAACGCGAGCGACUCGAACGCAUGUCGGCCAAGCAGCGACAGCGCGAAGAGGAGAUCGAACGCAAACUGCAGGAAGAACGUGAGGCGGCGCUCGGAAAGGGCAAACCGAAAGACGCCGACUCAUGGAGAGGUGGUGCCCCCGAAAGGAAGGACGACAGAUCGUCUUGGCGUAGCGAGAAGGUGGGUGGUGAUGAACCGCCCAAGAAACCUGAAGCAUGGAAACCUAAGUUCCGCAGCAAUAUGGAGAGCGGUAGUGCAUGGAGACAUGGUGACUCAAGGGGCGACCGUGACGGCGGCAAAGACCUGGACCAUCGCAGAGACCGUGACGACCGUGACGAUCGUAGGGACCGUGACGAUCGUAGAGGAGAUCGCGAUGAUCGUAGGGGAGAUCGUGACGAUCGCAGGGGAGAUCGUGACGAUCGUAGGGGAGAUCGCGAUGAUCGCAGAGGUGAUCGCGAUGACCGCAGAGGUGAUCGCGAUGAUCGCAGAGGAGAUCGCGAUGAUCGCAGAUACGGUGACGACAACAGAGACCGCAGGUACGGCGACGACAAAUUCCGAAGGGGCGGUGACGACAGGGAUCGCAGAGGUGGUGAUGAAGGCGGUUGGAGAUCGAAGAGGAUGGACGAUGAUGGCCCACCGAAACGAGGGCCUCCGCCGUCCAGGGGACCACGCGAAGGAGGCGAACCGUGGCGAUCGAAAGACGCAGGUAGAAGGGACGAACCGAUUAGAAGGAACACCGAGGAUAGAAAACCAGCUCCACCCAGGGAGAAACCACGUGAACAGCCACAGCAAGAGACAGAAGAAGGGUGGUCCAUUGCUACAAGGGGACGACGUUAGAUUUGUUUCUAGCUUACUUUCGACAGCUGUUCCGUUAGUUUCUGACUUACUACUUUUUUUUAUUAAUAUUAUGCAUAUUUUUUCACAAUUUAUUUUAAUUAUAAAUUUUUAAUGGAGGUUGUCAAUUACAUUAUUUUUAAUGUUAGGCAGUUUGAUUUUAUUAGUAUAACAAUUCGGUUCUCUCAGUGUAUAUUUAUUCUUUUUUGAGGACUCUGUCUCUAGUUGCUCGUUAUCAUGUAUUAUUUUAAAUAAUUAAAUAAACACUGGUAUAAAAUUUA